GGUCCUCAGCAAUGCCCCAACUCCCUCCCGGAACCUUUCGCUCCGAGCCCCCCGCCAGCGCCGCAAUCCCGCCACUGUAUUGUCCUCCUCGGCACCGAGCGAUCUGAUCCGCCGAGCCAGAAAGACACCCGAUGGGGGAGAGAAGCAAAGUGGAAAAAAACCGACGUCCCUGCUCUCCAGAAGGGAGACCCCGGCGGCGCCGCCGAGCCCUGAGCCCUCCGCGGCCGCCCGGCGCGAGCUCCCGGGCGGGGCGCUGUCCAGCGCGCACAGAGUUAAAGGCAUCAUCGCAGCCAUUAGAGGGAAAAGUUGCGGCGCCGCGAGCCCAGCGAAGUCCUCAGCCCGCCCCACUUGCCCACUCCCCACUUCCCGAGCCGGCUCCGUGUUUAGGGAGGGCAGUGAUCACGCAAGCCGGAGCGGCGGGCUGACGUUGGACGAGCUGCCAGGUAGCUGGAAGCAGGCAACCAGGCAGCCGAGACACUUCCCAGCGAUUCCAGCCUGGGCUCCGCAGGAAGCCUCGCUGAAUCCCAGCCAGCUGGUUCUAACCUUCCAGAAUCGCAAUCCCUUCUCCCCACAGCCAGCCCUCGCCGAGCAAGCAGCAGGAUGUUUGCAGUGUCGCGCCCAGGGCUCUGAGACUGAGCCUGCCAUCCACUCGCACGCCUUUCUUUCAGGGCUUUUCGGCUGUUGGCAACACCGAUGUGACCCCCCCUCCCUUUUUGGAAUGAUGGGGAUCUUUUUGGUGUAUGUUGGAUUUGUUUUCUUUUCCGUUUUGUAUGUACAACAAGGGCUUUCUUCUCAAGCAAAAUUUACCGAGUUUCCGCGGAACGUGACGGCGACCGAAGGACAGAAUGUGGAGAUGUCCUGCGCCUUCCAGAGCGGCUCCGCCUCGGUGUAUCUGGAGAUCCAAUGGUGGUUCCUGCGGGGACCGGAGGACCUGGAGCCCGGAGCCGAGGGGGCCGGCGCGCAGGUGGAGCUCUUGCCCGACAGAGACCCGGACAGCGACGGGACCAAGAUCAGCACAGUGAAAGUCCAAGGCAAUGACAUCUCCCACAAGCUUCAGAUUUCCAAAGUGAGGAAAAAGGAUGAAGGCUUAUACGAGUGCAGGGUGACUGAUGCCAACUACGGGGAGCUUCAGGAACACAAGGCCCAGGCCUAUCUGAAAGUCAAUGCCAACAGCCAUGCCCGCAGAAUGCAGGCCUUCGAAGCCUCGCCCAUGUGGCUGCAGGAUAUGAAGCCCCGCAAGAACGUCUCCGCAGCCGUCCCCAGCAGCAUCCAUGGCUCUGCCAACCAACCAACGCACUCCACCUCCAGCCCUCAAGCGGUAGCCAAAAUCCCCAAACAAAGUCCACAAUCAGCUUCCUGCUCAUCUUCCCCAACCUGGCCAUGGAUCAACUCCUGGUGUGCAGAGCUGCGUGCUGGCUCCUCCAGGUAAAUUGCCCAGGUCGCUUGCACUCCCAAAGCUGUCAUGCAAGUCACUGGUGUCUCCUGCUUCCAAUUCCCCACCCUCUCACAUCUCGUCCUUCCCAGUCUCUAGGCAGCCUUUCUCCCUCGAUCACUCCUUCCUGACACUCUUACCUCUCUUCUCUUUGCAGGCUGGUCCCCUAUUUACUGGCUCCUAGCAUUCUCCUCUCUCCUUUAUUGGCCUCCUCCCUGACUAAAUUCCUCUCUUAAAUGUAGUUAUUUUCCCAUUGUCAACUCCCUGAUCUUCUCAUCCACUUCCACGGUUUUGACUGCUAAUUUUUCUUAGAAAAUUGUUCCAGUCACCUUUGUACUUCUGACUCAUUUCUGUAGAUCCAGACUCAUGUUCACUCUUGUCCCCAAAGCAUCUACAUAUAUAUCCUGCAAGAACUGUGGCAGAGUAAGGGUGUUUGCACACUUGUCUCCAUCCCACCCAUUGAAGUCUAUUUUCCUUCCCCUGAGCAUAGGCUGGCCUGUGACCACUGUGCCCAAUAAAGUGUGAAGAAGUGAGCUGUGCCAAUUCUAGACCUAUCCUUUACAGGGGCUGGCAGCACCUGCUGAGCCCUCCUGGAAGCCAGCCACUGUGGAAGCAGUGCACACACCUUACUGAGUGAAGCCCAGCCAAGACCUUUGGUGUGCGAGCCUGGAAGCAGCCUUGGGCAUCCAGUCACUCCAGCCUUCCUCCAGCCACAGCUCCAGUGGCUGUCAUUGCAGCAUGAGGGAGCCCAAGCAAACACUGCCCAGCUAAGUACAGACAACAUGCAGAACAGAGACAGAUGAUGAUCUCCUGUCAUUUUAAGGCACUAGGUUGUAGUGCGGUUUGUUUCAUGAUAGAUACCCAGAUCAGACAUCUAAAACUCAAAUAUUCAAGACUGAAUUUAUCUUAGCUUUCUCACCAAAAAGAAAUGUUCUUCCUCCUAUGAUCCCAAACUCUUUUAAUAGCAUUCAUCACAGUCAUUGGUCUUGAGGAAGCCUUGAAAAUGUUCUCAUCUCUUCUGUCAGCUGCCACACUGAAUUGUCCUAGUAAUUGUCUCCCUAAAACAUCCUUGAGAAACUGCAUCUUUUCUGUUCUAACCAAUACUGGUUUCAUUGUCAACACAGGCCCUCUUCACUUUCCUCAUCUAAUCCAAUCUAUUCCAAUAAGAAUUUCUUGUUUUUACUCUAAUACAGGGGACGUAUCACAACAGAGCAUGUGUGAAAUGAUUAUUAUUUUCAAAGUGCCAACAUUAGUUUUUGUAGUCUAACUCCAGCCUUGUUUCUUCUGAGUUCCUAAUCUCAUUCAGUCUUUCCAUUUGGUAUUGCCUGAAUGUUUUCAGAUGUUUUGUUACCUCUAUGACUUUGCAAAUGCUGUUUCCUUUGUAUGAGUCUUUCCCUAUUUGCUGAGUUCCUACAAAAAUGCAAACUCCUUUGUUAAAGCUUUCUCCUUUUCUCUCAGUCAGAAUUGGUCACUCAUCAAGUUCUCAGCAAUGUGUUUAUACUUACUUUGAAGCCCUCACUGUGCCUUGUAUUGUUGAACCUUUGGUGCUCAAAGUCACACAUUCUGGAAAACCUCUUAGUUUUAAGCAAACUAGGACAGUUGAUCACCCUAACUAUAACUUCUUGGCUGCAAAUAUUAUAGCUUGUUUUUGCAAUUCCUCUAUGUGCCCUGAAAAAGUGGGGCUCAUGUUCUUAUUUGUUUGUAUAAUUAUGUUUUCAUAAUUAGAUAAUUUUGCCACUACUCUAGAACUGAUCAAGACUCCCAAACAGUGUUUCUCAAAGUGAGUUGUGCAGCCUACCUAUGCCAGACUCAUCAGGGAGCUUAUUAAAAAUUCAUAUUCCAGGACUCCACCCAGUGCCUACUGAAUCAGCAUCUCUGAGUGUAGAACCAGAAAUAAGUAUGCUAUGUUCCAAAAGUUAAAAGAAUCAUUAGCUUUUUGAAGUUUUUCGGGGUAAAAAAAUUUUCUUCUUAUCAUUUACUAUGAGACAUAUAUCUGUAUGUGUAUCUGUGUCAUGCUACAAAAUACUUUUUUUAGAGGCUGUGUUCUGUUGCUCUUACUGUUUCCAGUGUUGGGAUGGACUUUUAUGAAGCUGUUCACUCCUGUGAUCAACAGCUGGUAUUUGUAAGGAAACUGGCUGCGGUGAAGGUGGUACUUGUGUCUCCACAUGUGGAGUCUGUAGUAGCUCAGCAGGAAUGCUGAUUCUCUGAACUAUGAAAUACAAUUAUUGUGUGUUCACCGUGAUGUGAACCUGACUGUUAAGAGGCAGCUGCUGCAACAGCUGCCAGGAACCCAGAGUGGCCACUUUCAGCAGGAUUGAUCUUAACAGGGGAUGUCAAAGCCGUCGGGAGGAGGGAGAUGAGGGACUAAGGGUCUUUGCAGGGAGAGUGCUUGUCUCAUUUAAUAUGUGAGUAAAUGGUGCACUGCUUUGAGGUAGAGUCAGUCAUAUAAUUCAGCCCUUACUGCUGAUAUUUGUUUAAAUGAUCCAACUUGGCUGCUUACACAGGUUACAUUAAUUUGAUCAUUGUAAUUCUAUCAUAUAAAUGGCAGCUACGUAAAUCAAGGGUCUAUGAAUAAGACGAAAAAUAGAUACAAGGGAAUGAUUUGGAUAAUACAGACCAAGGAAUCUGCUAGGGCUAUAUUUGAACCAGAAUUAUGUAGAUUAAGAGUCUAUGCUGGUUAAAUUCUGCAAACCAUAUUUAAUUUUUCUCAUUGAAGUUCAGAACUAUUUGGGCCUAUAAUAUCAAGGUUGGAUGGGCUUUUCCAUUCAUAACUGGCCACACGAAGGCUUGCUUGUGACUACUAGUUCCUCUGUAAUUAAGGAGACAUGAAACGGAAUUUGCCAGUGUUCUAAGUUCUUGUCUCAAGUGAUUCCAUGAUUCUGCCACUUCAGAAAGCCACCAGAGGAGCAGCUUCCUGGCUAGAUGGCCAAAGUGUUGAGAACUUGCUAGAAAGGCUUCACUCUGUUGGUCACAAUAACACACACCCUAAAAGAUCAAGAAAGGUCAAGAGCUCCUUCUUCCAAGGACCACUUCUGCCACUGAUAGGCUGAACCAGUGCCUUCAUCUGAGCAGCGAAAGGGCGUAAAUGAGCAGGGACACACUCCUCAGACCUUCUGCCUCUGGCUCUGCCUACUCAUUGGUAGAGGCACUAGUGCACAGCGGUUAAAGAGGAAGGCUGCUUCACAUCUCAGCUCCAUCACUCACAGCGCUAUAUGUCUGUUUCCUCAUUUCUUUCUUUCUUUUUUUUUUUUUUUGUUGUUACUGUUGUUGUUUUGAGAUGGAGUUUUGCUCUGUCUGUCACCCAGGCUAGAGUGCAGUGGUGUGAUCCUGGCUCACUACAGCCUCCACCUCCCGGGUUCAAGCAAUUCUCCUGCCUCAGCCUCUUGAGUAGCUUGGAUUACAGGUGUGCACCACCACGCCUGGCUAAUUUUUGUAUUUUUAGUAGAGAUGGGAUUUCACCAUGUUGGCCAGGCUGGUCUCAAACUCCUGACCUCAAGUCAUCCACCCUCUUUGGCCUCCCAAAGCACUGGGAUUGCAGAUGUGAGCCACUGUGCCCGGUCUGUUUCCUCAUUUCUUAAAUGAGAACUAUACGAUAAUCCUCACAGGGUUUUGACAAUUAAAGGAAAUGAUGUACAUAUGAAGAUUGGCACUUAAUAAUCCCUGAAUGAAUGGUGACUAGUUGCUGUAAUAAUAUGACUAUUAUUGCAUAUGCUUACAUACAAUUAUCAGCAAUGAAAUGAUUAGAGUUAAUGGUCUUUACCACCUGGUUCUUCUAGGCAAAUAUCUUCCUUGCUGGUUGUGUGGAAGUGAUGGGUUAAGGAAGGAAGACUAGGUUUCCAUUUCUGGCUUAUGUUUUAUGAUUUAUAAUUUCAGAGCGUGCUUUUUUUUCUUCUGUCACAAUGCCAUUAAUUGAUGAUAAAUUUUCCUCUAAAUAAGCACAACAUAUUAGCCACCAGCUGUCUUGCCCAAGGUUGUAACUAGAUCUUUAUUGUAAAACAUGAUAAAAUUCCAAAGGAUUUUUAAGAAUUUAAACUGCAACCUGAAUAAAUAACAGAUAUUCUAAAGCCAUAAUUAUACAAACUGGUGUUCAUCUUAAUUAAAUUCAAGCUUUCAAAAAAAAUUUUCUGAGUUUUUAAAAUCACAAAGUAAUUAGCAAUACAUUUGAAAAUAUAAACAAGUUAGAAUAUUAUGUAAAGCCUUAAAAAGAGACAAAAAUUAAAUAGGAAUAUAAAUUAAUAAUGAAAAUUUCAUAGUUUAUGGUACCAGGUAGAUAUAGAUUUGAUUCCUAGAUUUGCUGUCUACCAGCUUGUUACUUUGGGUGAGCUGCCCACAAAAUCUCUCUGAACCUUAAAGUCUUAUGUAUAAAACUGAUAUGGUAAUACUUACCUCCCAAGGGUCAUUUUUAGCAUUGAAUGAGAUAAUGGAUUUUAAAAAUCUAGGAGAGUAAACCUAGCAUGUGAGUGAGCUCAGCAAUGCCUAGUUCUCUACCUCUUUACCUACCAGAUAGGAAAAUAUGCUACAAAAUAACUAUUAUUUAAGAGGACAAUAAAGAAACAGAAAUAUGAAUAGAGAUUAAAGAAAAUAAAAACAAGCCUGGAAAGCUCUAAAAUUAUACAAGAUAAUAUCUAAUGAAUUUAAAAAUGUAACAAUUAAAAAAAGAUUUAUUUAAUUAAUAAUGCCAAAAGGAGACAUAUGACAGUUUACAAUAUAUCUCCAAAUGAAUGCCAGUUAAAGAACUAAGCAGAAAAGAAAAAUCAAAUAUAGGAAGAUUAGCAUAAAAUAAGAUACUUGUGGCUUUGAAGGUUAAAAGUUACAAAAUAAUUUGCAAGUGAAAAUAUUUUGCUAUAACUUUAAAAUUUUAUUUAACUAAAUAUGUAACUAAAAAGUAGAGCAUCAAACAAGGAAAUAUUUGUGUCUAAUACUUACGAAAAUAAUAAAUGUCAAUAUUUACAGAUGCUAUGAUUAUGUAACUCACUCCUAAUCACUCCUAAUCAAUCCUAAUAGAGAUAAUAAAAGUGAUCAUAUAAUAAAAUUAAGAUAAAAGUAUAAACUUAGGUCAACCUUCUACAUAACUCCAAUACCAAAAUAGAAAAUAUUUUAGGAAUAAUACUGAAUUCUCAAAGUAGCAACAAGUAAAAGAUAUAAAAUAUAUAAUCUUUUUUUUAAAAAGUAUGGUUGCAAAUAAGUAGUAUGAAUAUGAAGACCACUAAAACACUUCAUUGAGAGAGUUUAGGUUUGAAUAAAUGAGUUACAAUGCUAUGUUUUUGGAUGGCCCAUCUCAGAAUUGCAAAUAUGUCAGGUUUUUCAGAAGCAUUUAUAGAUUUGAUGCAGUCCCAGUCAAAACCCCUUGUCAUUAAAAAAAAAAAAUUGACAGAUACAAUCUUGGCAAAAGUUUUCUAAAUCAACAAGCAUCAUAAAGGUUACAGUGAAUCAGACAUUCUGCUACAUUGCCACUGGCAUGGUGAAUCAGUACUUCCCUUGUGAAGGAAAAUUUGUCAGGGAAGAUUAGCCACAAGGCUUUAGAUUGUGCAGCCCAUAUGUCCCUGAAAUUAUACUUCUGAGAGGAAAUUCCAAGGAUAUCAUAGCGAGUCAUGAAUUGCAAUACUUACCAUGGAGUUUUUCAUACACCUGGAAAUACACAGAUAACCAAAAGGAAAGUUACCUAGUGGAUGUGUUAAAGCGUACAGUGAACAUUAAGCAGCUUCUAGAAUCAUAUUCUCAAAGAAUGUUUAGAGACAUUAGAAAGGAUUCAGUACGUAACAUCACAUGAAAAAACAUAGGAUACAAAACUUUAAAUCAGUCUGAGCCAUGUGCAUAGAAAAAUAAAAGAAAAAAAGAAAGUGUACAGCAGUCAAUGUAAGUUAUGAUUUUUAAUUUUUUAUUUUUUGCUUGUUUAUAACAUUUGUACAAUGAUAAUAUAUUACUUUAUUAUAAGCAGAAAAAGAAAAUUUAAAUUUUUUCCAAUUAAAAAACGGUAAACAGUUGUCUCAUGAGAGAGAAAAUAAAUUAGCAAACACAUAAAAUAUUUCAACAAAUAAAGAGAAGCAAAGUAAAAUAAUGGUGUAUAAUUAUAGAGUUCAUGACAAAAUCUUAAAAAUAUCUACACAUGUACAUGUAUGUACCUGAAGUACUGUUGUGAAAAUGGUCGGUACUCAGAAAUUGCUAGUAGCAUUGAAAUUAGGAACUUUGUAUUUUAUUAUAUCUUAUUUCCUGGAGGCUAGGUGGAGAAUCUGACCAUCAAGUUAGUCUUGUUUUUCUAAGCAAAUAGGUGUGAUCUUGAUGAAUUCAUAUUGAUUAAAUAAACACAUACAAGUAAAUAAAAUAUCAUGCAAUCAUUUUUCCUGUCAAUGAGAUGACUCAUACAACCCCCAAUUUACAAGGGAGAUCAAAGUGAGGAGCAAUGCAUUGUCAUUGGGAGUAUCAAGGGAAAUCGGACACAGGAAGAUUUAUAAAUGAAAAUUAUGUUUUCCUUAAUGCAACUGCUUCACAACAGACUCUGAGAGAGCAUUUUUGCAUGAAUUCAGAAUCCUAUAGGUAUAAAACAUACCUGAUAUAGGUGAAACAGUGCUUGAAUUAAAGCAAAUAGUAAAAUCUAGGAGUUGUGAUUUCUUAUUCCAUGAAGUUGACAAAUAUGAAGCUGUAGAGAAAAUUUUAAAGAUGAAACUAAGCAAUUUUAUUAUCUUCACAGACAAACAUUUUAAUGAAGUUAAAUAAUGCAGUGAAAUACUUCAAAUUUUAAAAUGUAAAGGUAUGAAGCACUGUGUAGUGAAGGGCUCUGUUAUGAGAUCAAUGUUUUUCUUGCUUCAUUUUGAUGGCUUCUGUUACAGACACACCCUGAGGAGCCUGUUCUUCAGCCAUAUAUAUAAUCUUUUAUCUUUAGUUUUUCUGAUUAAACAAAUUCAUAUGCUAUGAAGGCAAUUUUCUAACUUCUAGCAUUGUAAAUAGUUAAUUUGAAAAAUCCUACAUUUAGGGAUUAAGCAGUAGAAUCACAACCACUAAAUAGAAAAAAAAACUUUAGAACUUAAAACCUCACUCUAUACUAUUUGAAAGUAUUGUAAGGGUUGUGAUGAUAGGAAUUGUGUCUUGAACUUCGGGUGUUAUUGCAGCACCUAGCAUUGUGUUUAGCAUGUACUUAGAGUUAAAUAUUUAGGGAUAGAAAAUUACGUUUUGGUUUAUGUAUAGUGCAAAACACUUCGGAGGAUAAUACCACUGCUAAGAAUAUACAUGAAGUUUAAUGUAAUUUGGUGAACGUUUAAGAAAACAACCCCAGACUGCCUAUGUAGCAAUGGUCAGAAAAGAUUAAAAAACAGCCCUUGGACCAUCUUUCAUUACAUAUUCGUGAUGAUAAUAUUAAUUUAUUUAAAAUUAUAUUUAAUGACAGAUUAUGUCUGGGAAGUUUGAUGAAUGAAUUCCAGGCAAUAGCUUACUUCUGUCCUUUUAUUUGAAUAUCUUGAUAAAUGAGAUGUGAAUUUUAAAAAUCUUGCUUCAAAUAUUUCUAGUUACUUAAUGCUGAUAGCUAAGAAGAUAACUUCUACUAAUGAAGAUAAUUAAUAAAGCAUUCUAAUUAAGAAAACUUGAAAUAGCUAAAUUAAGGAAAAGGGUAAGGCCACUGGCUCUAACUUGGAAAAUAUAUGGGUAAAAUCUUAAGACAUUUUCCUUGUGUUAAAACAGGUGUGUUUUCUGAAGCCAUAUAAUUUAUGCUUUUGUAGGUCCUAUUGACAUUAGGUCCUCCAAUAAUUCCUUCCUCAAAGUCAGACAUUAAUGAACCAUAAAAAUUAGUUUUUUAGUUUUUUGUUUGUUGUUUGUUUUUGAGACAGAGUCUCACUCUGUCACCCAGGCUGGAGUGCAGUGGCAUGAUCUCGGCUCACUGCAAGCUCCACCUCCUGGGUUCAAACAAUUCUCUGUGUCAGCCUCCCAAGUACCUGGGAUUACAGGCAUGCACCACCACGCCCAGCUAAUUUUUAUAUUUUUAGUAGAAACAGGGUUUCACCAUGUUGGCCAGGAUGGUCUUGAUCUCUCGACCGCGUGAUCUGCCUGCCUUGGCCUCCCAAAGUGCUGGGAUUACAGGCAUGAGCCACCACUCCCAGCCUUUAGUUUUUAUAUUUAUAAAUCAUGGCUAUAUCUUUAUUUUUCAAUUUACAUAAGAAGAUAUGUGGAAAAUGAAAUCACAUAUUUGCAGCUAUGUUUCUUUCCUUCUUUCUUUUUCUUCUAUUUUUUUCACUCUGAGUUCUUCAGUUGCCAUUUCUUUAAAAAUAUGAGUUGUUUUUCCUGCUUUGGUGAGAAAUUUUUCUCUGACAGUAUUGGUGAUGGCGGUCUAUAGCAACAUUCAAAGAGGGCGUGGAUAAGGAGAGGUAUUCUUUAUGUCACCAACUGAUUAGUGAUUUCUCAGAUAUUCAGCCAAACUGACCUCUGUUUCCUCAACUCACGAGUUAUUCUUUUCUCUGCCCUUUCCAGUUAGUAGUCAAUAAUACUAGCUGUGAUGCACUUCUGUUGGCUUCCUAAUUCAGGGCAAGCUGUCCUCACUGAGCCAGGGAAGGGCUCUGGGUGCAUGAUCGCUGAAAGGACGCCAGUUCACAUGGAUGCCAUUUGUUUCUGUUGCAUUCCCCAACUUCAAUACACUUUCUGAAACCCUUAGUCAAAUUUAGCACCAUUCAUGAUCAGGGCAACAAAGCCACAUGUGGAAUUCCUAAUAUGGAAUUGGUGAUUAUUCAAAUAAAUCCUGGAUUAAAACUACCUAUGCGUGAUUAAUAAAGAGAAUGCUAACGAAUAAUGAAAGCAGACAGUCAGGAAGCAUUUUUAAACUCUGUGACUAAGUAGUUUCAAGCAUUUUAGCAACAUUUGUCUAUAUAC